AUGCUAGAAGAAUAUCUACUGACAUUACGUGUGUUAAUCGUUAACCGCCAAUGUAAAACGUGCUUUCUUCAGGUGCUUGGUGCUAUUUGUAUAGGAACCAUCAGUGAUAACAUUAAUCCUACCAUUUUUUCUUUACGUCAAAAGGAAUACUUUUUUCUUAUUUCAACAUCUACUUUUUUUAUUGGUACAUUAAUUUUUUUUCUUAGUUACCUGGUAUCUCCAUUUACUGCAUCCAUUUUACCUAAAACAAUACACGAAUCCCUUUAUAAUUUUUUUGCAACCGUAAUGUUAUUUGCGGCUUCAAUGAGUCUGAUAACAGAAAUACAUACGAGUGAUACAGUGUAUAAUUAUAAAGCAUUAUUAGCAGCUUCUAUUUGUGGUCUACUAAACACCGUUUUAUAUAUUUUCAACGCAAUCAUCGCCUAUAUCACAAUAUGGACGAAGUAAUUAGUCCUCCUGAUAUCAAAACUGUAACAUAGUUUAUACUGAUGUUUGAUGUACGAGACCCACUUAAUUUAUCUUGAUUAAAAAAUAUUAAUUAAUUUUUAAAAUUCAAAAUAUUAUAAUUAUAACAGAAGAAUGAGUUUAUGUUUAUAACACUAAUUUAAAUUACUUAUAAUUGAA